AUGUCCCUUGGUCAGGUCUAUCUCGCCGCUAUCACUGAAUACGUCCCCAAGAAAAUGGUCCAAUGCCUGGCUUCGUUUCUCGAAGUAUGUUAUAUAUUUCGACGAAACGCGAUCUCCACAACUGCGCUGGACCAAGCACGGCAAGAGCUAGACAAGUUCCACGAGUUACGGAAGAUCUUCACCACCACAGGGACCCGAGACAAUCUCUCGCUUCCUCGCCAACAUGCCCUAAGUCACUACCCUUCAGCUAUCGAGCAAUUCGGUGCACCGAAUGGGCUGUGCUCCUCGAUCACGGAAUCCCGCCAUAUCUCAACAGUCAAGGAACCGUGGAGAAGAUCAAGUCGGUUCAAUGCCCUCUCCCAGAUGCUUGAAACGAUUGCACGUUUGGACAAGAUGUCAGCCUUGCGAAGCAUUCUCGCCAAACAUCGUCUCCUCGAUGGAUCAACAGCAAUGGCAAUGGCGCUUGCCUUGGGUGAAACUGAAGAUGAGGACCUCACAAUUUGGAGAUGA